AUGAGUGACUUCGCCUUCAGAACUAAAAAGGAUAAGAAGCUUAAAGAAUCAGAUUUAUUGGCGCUUAAUCCUUACUCUCUAUGGAGGCAUUCAUUACACUCUGUGAUUAAUGUCAGACCUGAAAUUUUUGAUACAAACGCUACUCGAACUGACAUAUCAGUUGGAAUAGUUGCUGUAUCUUUAUAUCAUCUCGAGAGAAACAUGCGAUGGUCUGGUCUAGAGCUCUCAUCUCGCCACUACUGCUGGACUGAUAUGAAGAAUAGAGAUCCGGCAUCAAUAUCUGAUAUUGUAUCAUAUCAAAUAUGUCAUAAUCUCGUACAAUUUGCACAAGAAAGUGUAUUAAGACUAUCAGAUCCUUCUCCAACUCGAAUUCUUACUCAACUUAAGGAGUUAUCUCACAUUCCUCACAACAAACGAUGUUUAUUCAUAUACAAUGGUCAUGGUGCCCCUGAACCGAUAUCAGCAUCUGGAAUUAUGCUGUCACCAGAUGAAUCUCUUGGGGGAGAUCAAAUUACAGCAAGACAAUUGAUUACAUCAAUGCCAUUACCAUCGUGCUUCAUCUUUGAUGCAGAUUUUUCCGGUUUACUUUUUGAUGAUUUUUCAGAUCCUACGAUACAAAGCGACAGAUUUGGUUUCUUUUCAUGCGGUCCGAAAGAAAAUCUACCACAUCGAAUAGGUUUGCCGUCAGAUCUCUUUACUUCCUGUUUAUUAACCCCUGCUUUUGUUGCUAUGCUUUGGGGAUCAAGACAGUUCUACGCUUUUACGUCAGGUGGAUUACACGAAUUCCCUUUAAGCUAUUUCAGCGAUGAAAACGGUGUCAGACCUCAUUUACACUCAUUUGCUUACGAAAUUGAACGAUUACUUACUACUUUGGUGCAUGCAAUGGCAUAUUCGAUGAUUCCUGCCGACAUGCUAUACAACUGUUUCUUCAGAGACGCGAAAGUCGGAAAAUUAUUUGUAAAUUUCUGUCUUGCCAGAAGAAUUGGAGCCGAAAUUGGCUUCAAACCCAUGUGUUAUCCGGCAAUACCCGACUUUUCACAGCACAUUCUUUGGGAAUACUUCGAUUUGUACUUGGAUCGCGUUUUAUUACGAUUAACUCAAAUGGACAGCAACAUUUCAGUUCCUCAAGCCACCAUUUCAGGUGAUUUCUCAUCAUUCCUUGCAGAUGCUCUAACAGCAAUCGAACAUAUCCUAGAUAUCAGAGUUUUCGAGACGAUUCCAAACGAAAUUUCCCUUUUACCACUUAUUCUAUCCGAUCCAUCGCUUGCCAAAGCGGGAAUCAAAGCGGUUACUCGUUUCAUUGACAUUGGCGAAGAAACAAUUCGAAAUGUGAUUUGUUCUGGCAUGAUGCCGAUCAUGAUUUCGAUGCCGUACAACAUGGACAACGACCUCUUACUCCCUGUCGCAUAUUGCCUCGCUAAAAUGCAGUCGUACGCGUUGACAACAGACUCAAUCAUCAGAAAUUUCACGAAAUCAACUUUACAAAUCCGAAAUCCUUUGUUUGAGACAUAUAAAACAAUAAAGGAUGAGCGGUAUUUGUUGAUUGCGUUAGUCCUGAUGACAGUCGGAAUGCAUAUGGAGUACGGAGACAAUGCAAACGACAUAGAACCUGAAAUCUUUAAGAUAUUAGUUGACGCGAUAUCAUCUAGUUCGAUGGUUGUUGCUUAUUGGGCUAUUCUAUAUCUAUCUGAGUUCUUACAACUUGUUCCUGAGCCAAGAAACAUAAUGGAAGAAUUCAGAAUUUUGGAAAAAAUUCAAAAUUUACAAAAAAGUGACAACCCAGAAAUCCGUGCUGUUUGUAUUGCUAUACAGAUAUCCGGCAUUGACUUUGAGAGUGAAAUACCAGAAUAUGUUGAAAGUGUCUUCGAAAGAUUGAGUAAUGAUGCGAUGAAUGAUCCAUCAAUAAUUGUUCGAACAGAAAUAUUAAUUUUGUUACAAAGAUUUUUGGAAAGUGAAAAUUGUUUCACGGAAGAAUAUUCUAAAUCUCUUCAACUUUGUAACAAAUACUUAAAGAUAUUAAUCAAUGAUCCGCACCAAGAAAUCUGUGACCUUGCAACUGCUCUCCUUUCAACAGUCAACUCAAAAAUUCAAGCUCCAACUGGAUUUUCCACUUCACUUUUGAUUGGCUCGAUACAUUCAUUUUUAGCCAGUCAGUUUAGUAAAUUCGAGAACUACACUAUGCCUCCAUUCUGUCUUCAGUCAACGCGCAUUGCGAAGAGAGAACGAGAAGACAUAAUUUCAGCUCCUUUGAUCGAUAAAGCUUCAUCUGAAUACAAUUUCAUUGAAGUCGAUCAUUACAAACACCACAAACAGAUUGUUACGAAACCUUUCUUCUUAAGUAACAAAGUUAUAUGUGGAGAUAUUGAAGGAAACAUUCUUGUUAGAAAUACAACAAGUCAUGAAAUAGAAUUCGAAUUUCCUUGGCAAUAUUUCUUUUCAAGAGCGAUUUCUCCUAAAAAUCUCAAGGAUUUUCUGCCGAUGUCUGAAUCAAGCGUGAUGCUGACAACAAGUAGAGGUGAUGUAUCAUUUGUUAAUAAUAUAACAUUGCCUAUUCCGAAAGUUAUUGAUUCGUUUUCGAUUUUACAAAACGAAAGUCAAAAAAAUCAAAAAGAUUUGUUUUGUUCUUAUAAGUUUUCUCAUUACGAGAUGAAUCUUUUCUGUAGUUGCUCAAAGGGAAUAUUAAGGAGAUGGGAUAUAUCUAGUUGCAACUUCUUGAAUGACUUAAAUGUCUGUGAUUCUUGUAUAAAUAACAUUUGUUUGAACAGAAAUUCAUCAAAAUCUGUUCUUAUCGCGUCUGACGAUUUUAGAGUUAUAGAUUUGAGGCAAAACAAUAGUAGUUCUAUUGUUAUUAAUACUCCAUCGAAAGUAACAUGUAUUCACCAGUCAUUGCACUCUGCAGAAGAGUUUUUCGUUGUUUUGGGAAAUGGAAAUGUCAUGGAUUUUGAUAUAAGAUUCCCACAAACAAUGAAACAGAUGAAUAUUGAAAAUGCUGUUGGAAUAGAAUCCCUUGCUUGGGCUCCUUUAGUUAUUGCGCAUACUAAAGGUAUUGAAGCAUUGGAUUUAAGAAAGAGAUCUUUCAACAUUUUGAACGCUGCUUUUCCAAAUGUCAAAAUUGAUAGAGUUGAUUACGUCAAAGCUUGCAAGAAAAUGAAUGUCAUCGAGGCUAUUUUUAAUGGCGCGGUGAUGUCAACUAUCCAAAUUAAUUAA